GAUUUGAAAAGUAAGCGUAAUCGAAAACAUUUUAAAAAAUUUAAUAAAAUCUUUCAUUGCGAGUUAAUUAUAAAAAAGCUAUGAACAAAAUUUAAAAUACUUUCAAUGGCUUUGGUUUUUCGUGAAUUGGUCGAUGAAGAGAGCAAUUUCAUAACUUUCAUUAAAAUAUUUAAGAAAGCAUAAAUGCCCCGAAAAUAUCAUGUCUACUACUGAAUCUGAUACAACAAUAAAGAAAAACAGCUCAAGUAAUCACAGAAAAAGUAUAAGUUUAAGCAAUCUAAUGAAUGGAAGAAAUCGAAGCGGUGUUGGAAAAAAAUUACCACUUCAAUCAGUUCAAACAUGUACAUGGUGUGCAGAAACAAAAACACCAUUAAAAUACGUUUUGCCUACACAAAAUGGAAAAAAAGAAUUUUGCAGUGAAACAUGUAUUGCUGAAUUCCGAAAAGCAUAUAGUAAAGGCGCUUGUGUUGAAUGUGAUAACGCCAUUAGAGGAAACGCUCCAAAUCGCAAUUUUUGUUCAACUUUUUGCUUCAACAAAAACAAAAGUAAAACUUCUUGUGAGGUUCAGAAUCAAAUUCCGUCAACAUCACAUAAUAAAUCAUUCAGCAAUAAUAAUAACUUAUCCGACAACAGUACACAAAAAGUAGAACCUAAUAACAACAAUACUAUUAAGGAGCAUUAUUCAGUUACUAAGAUUAGUCCAAUGUUCCAAUAUGAAGCGUUUCAUGUUUUUGACUGGAAAGAGUAUUUAAAGGAAACCGGAUCUGUUCCAGCGCCAUCAGAAUGUUUCAAACAAGCAUUAAAUCCGCCUAAAAAUGAAUUCAAAAUAGGAAUGAAACUGGAAGCAGUGGAUCCAAGGAAUAUUAAUUCAAUAUGCAUAGCAACAAUUGUCGGUGUUUUAGGAUCCAGACUAAAACUACGUCUUGAUGGCAGUGACAAUAAAAAUGAUUUUUGGCGACUUGUCGAUUCAAGUGAAAUCAAACCCGUUGGAGAUUGUGAAAAGAACGGCGGAAUGUUGCAACCACCACUUGGAUACUCUAGAAAUGCGAGCAAUUGGCCUUCGUUUCUAGCUAAAAUUCUUAGUGAUGGCGAAAUGGCACCAGCUGAAAUCUUUCAACCUGAGCCUAAGACUCCCAAACGGAACUUUUUCAAAGUUGGCCACAAGCUCGAAGCUGUAGACAAAAAGAAUCCGCAACUAAUUUGCUGCGCAACAGUCUCUGCUGUGAAAGAUGACGAAAUUCACGUUACAUUUGAUGGAUGGCGUGGAGCAUUUGAUUACUGGUGCAGAUAUGAUUCAAGAGAUAUUUUUGCUGUUGGAUGGUGUGCGAAAAGCUGCCAUCCAAUGCAACCACCAGGACACAAAGGUCGAUUUGAUUCAACGUCCAGCAGACAAAGAAACGCUCGUGUUAACUUCACACUAGCUCAAGAUAAAGAAUUGAAAGAGGCAACACCAGUCACGGCUCAUUUUCACACACAAUGCAAGUCAGGGCCAUUCAUUAAUCCCCACAAACUACCGGUUAUUUUGACGGGACCUUCUCAUCAGUCACUUGCUAAGUUAUGUCUGCAAGAGGUGUUGUCAGCAUGCCGUGAUACAAAUCAACUUUCGCCUGUUCUCUUUGGAAUGGAAGGAGAGGUUCACAUAGUAACAGCAUCAAGUAAAAACUUUACGGUAAAAAUUCCUGUAUUCACGAAAGAAAAAGCAGAUGAAGAAAUGUCAAGUUUCCUUGAGUCACUAAUGACAGCUUGCCACGCUUGUAAAAAUGUAAUAACGCUUAGUCGUGAACCCGAACAAUGCGAAAAAUGCUGUGGAAAUGAAAUCACUUUGCAUCAAUCAUCAAUACCACCUUUAACGCCACCAAAACGUCAGCCGAGAGGCACAGAUUCACCAGUUCCGAAACGAAAAAAGAAUUCGUUUCCGGAUUCAGAGAUUUCAUCUCUUACAUCAGGAACUGGAGUACUUAAGCCCUCUCUAACAAAAGAAACUAAACCAACAGUUACUGCGAUGAUUACGACACCUCAAGACAUGAAAAUCAAAGAAGAACGAGUAACACCUGAACUUCCAACAUUUCCUGAGCCAGAAAUACCCCAGCCGGCAGAGAUGUGUGGAAGAUCGUCCGAUAACGACAUUGAUAAAGUUAUGGACUGUCCAUCAAAUGCUUCAAGUCCUAGUCCAACCAUUCCACAUGGAAACAUAAAUGAUUGGAGAAUAGAAGACGUUAUUCAAUAUAUUUCUACGGCUGACAUUACAUUAGCUAUUCAUGCUGAUUUAUUUAGAAGACACGAAAUUGACGGAAAGGCUUUAUUACUACUCAAUUCUGAAAUGAUGAUGAAAUAUAUGGGAAUCAAACUUGGCCCAGCUCUAAAAAUUUGCAAUCUUGUCGAAAAGAUAAAGAUCAAAUCUAAUCGUCAUCGCUUGUUAAGUCAUUAAAUGUGUUGGAUAUCAAAUAUGUCAUUUAAUUCUUUGUAUAUAUCUGCGUUUAAUUAACAAUGAAAUAUAUCUCCAAUCUCAAAACAUUGUAAAAGAUUUACUUUUGAAUGGAUCUGUGCUAACAACAAUUUUACAGUUUUUGACUGAUGAUGAAAUCUUUUGAUUUUAUUUUCUUGAUUUCCAAAAGUUUCUACUUCACCAUGAGAUAAAAGGAACGUUUUCGUUUUUAAGAUGAUGAUCGGUAAUCGAUAUUCAACUGUUUUUCGAAUAAUUUAUAUUAGUUUCCUGUGAGUUCUUUACAGAAUUUUGAUUUAAUGU